UUCCCCCAAAAAUACAGAGAGCGGAGUCAUAAGUUUGGUGCCUUUGAAUUUGAAUUCCCGAUAGCGGCGGACGCCACCACUCCUCCUCCCGUACUCCGCCCCCUUGUCAAAAAAUCUCUAAAUCUUCAGUUUUUACGCACUACGCUCAGUGAAUUAAGUGAAUCAUGUCGGCGGCGCCUCCACAACCACCGGGGAGAGAGCUGUCGAACCCUCCGACGGACGGCAUUUCCAACCUCCGUUUCUCCAAUCACAGCGACCAACUCCUCGUUUCAUCCUGGGACAAGAGUGUUCGAUUGUACGAUGCGAGCGCAAAUGCGCUUAUGGGUGAGUUCAUGCACGGAGCAGCCGUGCUGGAUUGUUGCUUCCACGAUGAUUCCUCGGGAUUUAGUGCUUGUGCUGAUCACACUGUUAGAAGGCUUGUGUUUAACUACAACAGAGAGGAUAUUCUGGGUAGGCACGAUGCACCCGUUCGUUGUGUUGAAUACUCGUAUGCAACUGGACAAGUGAUCACUGGUAGUUGGGACAAAACCUUGAAGUGUUGGGACCCACGAGGUACAAACGGCCAGGAACGCUGUCUUGUCGGAACUUACACUCAACCUGAGAGGAUAUAUUCAAUGUCACUUGUUGGAAACCGUUUGGUGGUUGCUACUGCUGGAAGACAUGUGAACGUGUAUGAUCUUCGAAACAUGUCUCAACCUGAGCAAAGGAGGGAAUCUUCUCUGAAAUACCAAACUCGGUGUGUCAGAUGUUAUCCUAAUGGGACAGGCUAUGCUCUUAGUUCUGUUGAAGGAAGGGUUGCAAUGGAGUUUUUUGAUCUCUCCGAGGCUGGGCAAACCAAAAAGUAUGCAUUCAAAUGUCAUCGGAAAUCGGAAGCAGGAACGGAUAUUGUCCACCCUGUGAAUGCAAUUGCCUUUCACCCUAUCUACGGCACUUUUGCAACAGGAGGUUGUGAUGGUUAUGUUAACAUGUGGGACGGAAAUAAUAAGAAGCGAUUGUAUCAGUAUUCGAAGUACCCAACAAGCAUUGCAGCUCUGUCCUUCAGCAGAGACGGUAGACUUUUGGCCGUUGCUUCGAGUUAUACGUACGAAGAGGGAGAUAAACCGCACGAGCCAGAUGCCAUAUUUGUGCGUAGUGUGAACGAAGUAGAAGUUAAGCCAAAGCCAAAAGUGCUUCCCAGUCCUGCAACAUGAGCAAGACUUGGUAUAUUUGUCAUAUGUUUGAACAUUUGUCUCAUGAUUGUUAUUAUAAUCACUGUCUCGUUGAUUACUCUAGUUUUUGAUGAUGUAGUUUUCGGUUUGAUGGACUCGAAACUUUGUAUGAACAUUAUUUUAGAACAUGACUAAGUAGAACAUGAUUGUCGUUGCUGCUACAGUAACCAACCAUGUUUAUUAAGCAAUUACAUUUCUCGUUUUUGUGAUCAA